CUGCGUGGUGAUAGUCUUUUCACAUCUAGUCAACGGUCUGUCCAAGGCUAUUGUGCUGAAGCCUGGCUUCCUCGUCGACGCAUUCUUCUCGACGUGGCGGACGCACUAAUUCCGAUCGGAGAAGAAAUCGGCGCCUGUUUUUUUCUCUCCACUCUGCUCGACGUCCUUCGUGUCUCAGCUAGACCAACAACUCACUCUUCACGAAGCGCCAUCUCUCACUCGAGCCAUGGUGCGCGUCCCCUAUGUACCCAAAGAUACGCCGGGGCCCAUCGCCGAUGCUAUCCGUGCUCGGCGUGGCACCCGUGGUCUGACGCCGUUGGACCGCUCCCUCCUCAAUGCGCCCCCCGUCGCCGAGGGCUGGUCCAAGCUUCUGGGCGCCAUUCGCACUGGCAGCACGCUCCAGGAUGACCUGAGGGAGAUCAUGAUCCUUCGUGUGGCCGCACGCAAUCGGGCAGCGUUUGAGUGGAUCCACCACGAGCAUGUCGCCACGUCGGCCGGCGUCACGCGCGAGCAGCUGACGCGCAUCGGUGACGUCCAAGCACCGACUGCUUCGCUGACCUCGGCUGGGCCAGGCCAGCUGUCGGAGCUGCAAGCCGCUGCGCUGCGCCUUGCUGACGCCAUGACGACGACGGUCCAGGUGCCCGAGACAACAUUCAGCGAGCUGCGUGCUGCCCUGGCACAAGGCGGCGACAGUGAAGGCGAGGCAACGAACCGCAAGAUGACCGAGGCUGUGGCGACCUGUGCGACGUACAACAUGGUCAGCCGGUUCCUUGUGGCUCUCGACAUUGACGAGCGCGCGGACCAGCCCUGCCCAGUUCCAGGCCUGGCCGAGGAGGAAGCCACGCCCCGUGCUGCUGCCUACCCACACAGUGCCGACGGAGCCAGCAACCGAGGACUCGUCCAGGCUGGACAGGGCGUCAACCUAUCCACGAGGGUGCACUUCCACAGCAUGCAGGCUCCCUGGCUCGUCCUCGUCAACUCGCUCAUGACCAACCUGACGAUGUGGGACCAGGUCGUGCCCGCCUUGUCCGGCCACUUCAACCUCGUCACCUACGACCAACGUGGCCAUGGCAACAGCAGCGUCCCUCCGCAGCCAUGCACCGUCGAUGCGCUGGCCGACGACGUGGCAGCCGUCCUCGAUGGCCUCGGUAUUGACAAGGCCCACGCCGUCGUGGGCGUCAGUCAGGGAGGCGCCACCGCGCUGGCCUUUGCCGUGCGGCACUCCCAUCGGGCGGCACGCAUCGUGGCUUGUGACACCCAGGCCGCUUCGCCCGAAGCGAAUCGCGCAGCCUGGGACGAGCGCAUCGCCCUAGCCCACGCAAAGGGAAUGGAGGCCCUGGCCGAGGCGACGGUGCCCAGGUGGUACGGGCCUGGCUCGGCUGCCACGGACGAGGUGCGCCGCAGAACGCAUGCGAUGAUCAUGUCCACGAGCGUGGAGGGCUUUGAGAAGGGCGCGAGAGCACUUCAAGGCUACGAUUUGCUUGCUCAGGGCCUCGUCGACCAACUCAAGAAGAUGCCUACGCUCCUUGUCGCUGGCUCAGCCGAUGGCAAGCUCCCUGAGACGCUUAAGAAGCUGUCGACAGAUGCCGGCACCACAUUUGCAGAGAUUCCCAAUGCUGGUCAUCUGCCCAUGUGCGAUCAGCCAAAGGCCUGGCUCGAUGCUGUCCUGCCGUGGCUGUUGUCAAAGUGAAGCAAUAUCAUUGACGGCCAAGAUGACCUAACACACACACAUUGACUCGUGUGACGUUUGUGCUUCGAUUUGAUCGAUUUGGAAAUAUCCGGAUGCCUGUGGGCUAUCAACGCUUGCUAUUGUCCAAGUCUGUGAAAUCGCAUCUAGCAGCUCUUGCCAAGCC